AUGGCGUCUGGACGCACGUCAAUGGGGCUAGGAGGUAGGAGAGACGCGAGCAAAUUAGCCAAGGACGGUAAAGACGGCUCGGGUAAUAAAGCAGCCGCGGACGUCAGAAUCCUGACGACAGAAGCUAUACCUCCCGCUAAGCGCAAAAAGUAUAAGGAGAGAGUGAAAGGGCCGAACGCGUCCUUAACUACAGGCGACGGGUUUUCGGCGAUCUUAGCUCCCGAGUCGGCUAUGCUUACGCGGCUCCAGGCCGAGGAGCGGCAGAUGGAUAUCGUCCUAUCGCGCGUUAAGGUGGAGCUUUCCGAGUCGAUCCACGCCAUGCCACGUGUUACGCGAAGCCUCCGGCUUUACGUCUUUAAUACCCACUCGUUCCAGGAUCGAGCAGUUCAGAGCGGAAUGAAGUCGGAAGUAGAUGGGUCGAUCGCAGCCGUUGAUUUGCCUCGCUGGACCUUGCGAGUCGUGGCGCGAAUGGUGGGAGAAGAUGAGGAGCAAUUCAAUACUCAGGCGGGUAAUUUUCCAGGAGAAAAAAAUAUCCUGAGCAUCAAGCGCGUCGGAAGCACCGAGAAGGAGCGUUCUUUAGCAAUGUCCGCGAUAUUAGCAGAUGCAGAGUCUCGCGGAUCGGAUCCAGCCGUUGGAGAAUCAGGCUUGAGCCAGGCUUUGCUAGGCUCGGGAGUUUUUAAGGUUCGGGAUGCUGUGGCUGGCCCGUUGGCUCGGCAUGUCCAGCGGAUCGAGGCUCGGCUCGAUCCAAAGCUGUUCCCUCCACCCAACAACGCGGUGAUCCUGUGGGACGCAGACAGGGACGGGAUCCUCCGACCAGACGCAUCAACGGUGGAGAUGCAGCGAGAGGGGACCAGUGAAUCUUUGGUGGAGGUUCGUGUGGAGCUGAAGCACAGGGAGGAAGUGUACAGUGUGGGAGAGCGGUUGGGAGCGGUGGUGGGGAUGAAUGUGGCGACCAGGCUGCAAGUAUUGGAGGGCCUUUGGAAUCAUAUCAAGGCUAAUAAGCUACAGGAUCCCUCGGAUCCCUCUUCCUUCACCUGCGAUGCCACCCUCCAAGCCCUCUUCAACCAAGACAAGCUCAAAAUCUCCUCCCUCCCCAUCCACAUCUCCCCAUUCCUCUCUUCUCCACCGCCUCUCACCAUCACCCACCGCAUCUCCCUCGCCACCUCUCCCACACACUCCGCCACACUCCCUUCUCUAGACCCUCCCUUUCAACCCCUCGGACCACCUACCAGCCUCCCCUUGUAUGAGACUCUCCCACCUGUUUCGGCUGACACCUGCGUGGAUGUGACUGUAACAGAAGCUCCUGCUCUGGCAGCCGAAACAGCGCGUGUGAUUGCAGCAAUGGGUCAGCAGCCGGAGAUAGACGCGAUUGAUGCAGCCAUGGCAAAAGACGCGGAGCUUUUAGCUAAGCACCGGCGGCGGCGCGCAUUUUUCCUAGCGUUUUCGCACUCUCCUGGGGAGUUUAUCAGGGACUUGAUGGUUUCGCAGCAGAGAGACUUGGAUCAGAUGCAGCAGGGAGGAGUGGAAGGUGCUGGAAUUGCACAGGCAUUUGAUCCUGAGACUGCUGAACAAGAUGCAGAGUUUUAUGCUCUACCCUGGGUGGAUGAUGCCCUUCUGAGGUACUUGAAUCGCCAUUCCAUGGGUACUGAUGGGCUUGCACUUGGCAAUGGAACUACUGCUGGUAAUGCCACUGCUGCCGGUAACUUCACGGGAAGCGGUAACUUCAGUGGGGCAGCUGGUAAUGGCAUGGAGUGGGGUGCAGUGCGGUACUUCACGGUGGGGCAGGAGGCAUUCGUGUGGGGUUCUCCUCUCGUCACCUUCUUCCGCCAGCAGGCCACCCGUGCUGCCCUCAACGCCUUCUCCUUCGCCAACACCACCGCUGUCGUCGGCACCACCAGUGAGUCGUGCAUGUUGUUGGUGCGUAACUUUCUAAAAGCCGCGUCUGAUGCAUUUGUUUUCUACGCCAACACCACCGCUGUCGUCGGCACCACCAGUGAGUCGUGCAUGUUGUUGGUGCGUAACUUUCUAAAAGCCGCGUCUGAUGCAUUUGUUUUCUACGCCAGCACCACCGCUGUCAUCGGCACCACCACUGUGGCGCUCCCCAAUGUGGACACGGUGUAUGGAGGGGCGUUCCUCUAUUUGCGGGACCAGCCCAUGGUGUUCAAGACCCCCAACAUGGGCCAAGGCCGCUACUACAGCAUCGGAUACUUCCAGACCUACGGUCCGGCGUUCAGAGUGAACGGCAGCCGAGCCAACGGGCCAGGCCCCAACACGUUCACUCUAGUUGGGCCCAGCUGGGCAGGGGAGCUGCCAAGUGACCUCGCAUCCACCGUCAUACGUUCCCCUACGGACGACGUUCUCCUGCUGAUGCGAGUGGUCGUAUCAGAGAACGUGUCCAACGACCUUGCUACUGUGCUGGACCUCUACAGUCAAGUCUCGCUACAGUCACUCUCAGAGGCGCUAGGCGGGCCUGCAGUUGCGCCCCUCCCGAAUCCGCCCCUCCCCAACUCCAACCUCUCUGAGGCCCUCCAGGUGAGUAGCGCCCGCCCUUGUGCUUCCUGGAGGUUGAGUUCUGCUCCCUAG